CAUUUUUCUAAGUUUUUCUAUUUUUCAACUAAUUCUACAGAUAUCUAAUUAAGCUGUGUAAUUGCAAAUUUUACCCUGAUAUCCUUUUGCAAGCAAACUACGGAUGACUACCUCAAGACUGGUUCCAACAAUAAGGUUAGGAUUGAAGGUUGGCCUGCUUGGAGGAGCAGUUUAUUUGUCAACGGCAUCUGGAAUAUGGUCGAAAGAUACAACACAGAAUGUAGCUGCUUUGAAAGGGUUCACAGAAUCUGUUGAUCAGAAGCUUGGUGGACAAUAUUUAGCUAAAAUUGGCCUGCCGACAACAGAUUCAUUCUUGAGAUCGUGGAAUAAUGGCGUGUCUUAUAGUAUUAAUGCUGCCGCUCAAUUGCCAGGCACUGUGACAAAACAAGCAUCGAAUUUUCGGAAAUACUUCAUGAACGAUGAAAAAUAACUUCCAACUAUUUUUUGUCUUUUUUAUUCAAUUCCACUUUCAUGAACUUUCUCAUAUUAAAGAGUUUAUGCACUUCGUA